UGCACUGGCACGAAGAGAGAGAGGUAGAGAGAGAGGUAGAGAGAGAGGCAGUGGGGGGUGGGAGGGUAUCACUAUGAGUAAGCGAGACGGAGAGACGCAACCACCGUCCAGGUGGAAACGGGAUGGGGUGGACCUUCAAGCCCUCGAAGACAAGCUGCGCAUAGAAAUCGAUCCCGCCUUCUUCGAGGCCGAGCAGGAUUUCCGGCCCUUCAAUCAGGUGAUUGAGAUUCUGAGUGUCAGUCUUGAUCAAGACAAUGACAUUGACGAGAGCCCGGACUACGACCGAUUGGCGGGUAACCCUCUUCACAACAACAUCCAGCGACAGCUGCAAGUGUGCAGCGAUGUGGUUGAACGCAUCACUGUGGAGCACCAUGGUAGUCUGAACAGUUCCGUCCAAGCGAUGGGUGGGGUGGCAAGACAUUACAAUCAGACCCGCGCCAACGUUGGUACCCUCAGAGAGCAACUCCGGGAGUGCAAGCAAUUGCUGCAGAGCGGCUCGAGCCAGACCGACGUUCGGGAACUGUGGCAGCGCAAACUUCAGUAUUCCCUUGUUCUACGGCUGCUGAACGCCCUCGAUAUGAUUAAGGAUGCUCCUGUCAAGUUCGAGCGCUUGGUUCGCCAAAAGAGGUUUGUCGGCGCUGUUGAUCUGUUGAACGAGUCUCUGUUGAACAUCUUCAGUGCCGAGUUGGUCGAUGUUCCGGCAGUAGCCAGUGUGCGGGAUGAAAUGCUUGCGCAAAAGGGAAGGAUACUUGAUACGUUGGUGGAGGAAAUCGCCGACGUGUUGUUCCUCCGAGCUGCAGCUGCUCAAGUGAGUGCGGCAGACAAAGUAAGGGAAGCGGGAGGAGUCGCUCAGAGUAGGAGGAGGAGGGAGCGAGGUGGAGCGAGCGGAGCGUCGAUGGAGGAUUCCACGGGCAAUGUCCUGUCUCGCGGGCAGGGCACCGUCGCUGUAGGGGGUGCUGGGGUCCCAUCUGAUGCUGCCUCGGAGUCCAGUGCCGGCGGAGGGGAUGCUUCAGGAAGAUUGUGGGCAGGCAUCCAAGUGGAUGUGACGGAUGUGGGAGACCACGAGGAGCAGGCACUUGAUGAUCCGUCGCAGGAGUUGAGCGUGUACCUGCGGCUACUGGUCGAGGCUGUUCGUCGGCUUAGGUGUCUGGACGACGUCGAACGAUAUCUACUGGAGAGACUGCCGAAUGAGGUGUUGACUCUGAGUGCCACACACAUGCGCACGUGCGUGGGAAAACACGACGAGAUCAAUGUAGCUUCACGUGGGACGGCUUUCAACAGCAAAAGCAAAAGUGACGGGUUGGGUGCCCGCGGUCAGAAUUUGACGCAGUACCUAAGUCUCGUGUUUGACUCGUUCACAUCCGUGCUGGCGAACCUGAUCCGCCUUGUUCGACUGCUCCAUGCCGCCCGACUCCGGGACCUCCGCGAGCACGACUCCGGGGCUCCUGUAUUCGAGGCAGAUGCAUCUUACAAGGAUUCGCUUGUAGUUGGAGUAUGGCAGUACAUCCAGGCGCACCUCAUCGACGUCCUCUCGAGACACGUCUCAGGACCAGAAGAUGGGGACAUGGGCCUAGACACCAACAAGACAGAUGCUGGAGGAGCGCAGAACAGCAGGCUCGGUCCUAACCCGUCGGGCGUCGAACCGACCAGCAUCCCUUCGUCCGUCCCGUACUUCCGCCCUCUGAGGCGUCCCGAGUCGUCCUCUACAGGGUUGGCCAGCACAGCCACGGCGAUGGAACUGAAUCACGUGAGCGCUGCGGAGUACUGCAGCUCCCGUGUGCUGGCGGAUCCUUCACCGAUGGUCAUAAUAAGCAUAUUCCGCCCAACGCUCAAGUUUGUGGAGGUCGAAGAGGCUAUGAUCAACGCAAUGAAAAAGGAGGUUUUCGAGUCAGGUCAUAUCCACCACGAACGAGGCGCUCGCCGAGUAGUGCCGGAGGGAGGUGACAGUGAUGGAAACAGUCUGUCAGCAUUCAUGCAUGCCACGGCUCGCGAUAAGCUGUUGCCUCUACUAGGUGCAAACUGCCGGAUCAUGAAUGCCAAGAUGUUAGGAGACCACGACUGGUGCUUCCCGACGUCAAUGGCCUCUGGAUCACAAGGCGUUGCCAAACUCAGUCCCGCUGAUGGCAGCGCUGCAUCGCGUGAGCGCGUAACCGGCAGCGCGGGUGCACUUCGUCCAAGCAGAGGUGCAGAGGACGUUUACGCUCAAGCGCGCACGCUGUUCAGAGCUAUGGUACAGAUGCCACAUUACGCUGAGGAGAUUGGUGAGAUUCUGCGAACAAGCUUGGAAGACUUUUUCGCGCUGGUUCAGAAUAAGUUCCAGGAUAUCAUCGUCAACAGCGCAUCUCGAUCGCGAUUGGAGCGUUUCAGCGACAAGCUACGGGAUCUAAUCCGGAUGGAUGUACAAUACCUCACGUACAAGACCUUCGUCUAUGGUGGAUUGCUCCGGUGGGAUGAUAGCGGGGUGGACGACUUGCUGUUUUUGAAAGGGCGGCACUCGCUGGGUGGACCCACGAAGGGUAUUGAGCGUGACACUCGGAGGGGGAGAGAAGCGAAUCUCGAAGUAUCUGGCGAGGAGGAGGCCGAUGAUAUUUUCGAGAGCGAAUUCGCGAUGCUUCAAGACCUGUGGAAGUUUGACAGCGUUCCUUUCUCAGUGACGAAGCAGAGUCUUCUCUCUUUGCGGAAGCAACAAGCUGUUGCCUGCUUGGCGUUCAGCUGCGAUUGGCUAUCGCAUAAGGUUCUCAAGGUUUGUGUCGCGAUCAAGCACCAGUCUUCAACUGAUGACCCUUCCUCUGGCCUAGGACAAAAACUUGGCUCCCCUUCCAGAACUGUCGAUGCUGAGCGUCGUUUAUCGAGUACAACAGGGAGCGCAACGGCACCAGCGCAAAAACUGCGGCUAAUCGGGCGAAAACUGUCACAGCUCGCAGAUGACAGCCUCCUCUGUCUUCGCCUCGAGGUGUACAUGUUGGUAAGCUUCUACAUGCAACAACUCCCAUCUAUCAAUCUGGAGGUGACGAGCGGGCAAGGGUCCACCACAGCAAUGAGCCUUGGGAGCGUCGAAGACCAAUGCGUGGUGACACUUAAUCGGUGUAUUCGUGAGGAGCAAGAAGCUCUCAGCCCGUUUGAGCCAAAGGGCAGCAUGGCUCUACUCUGUCCUAGAGAGCUGCUUUCUUUCGUGCUGGCACCGCUGCCCCGUCUUCUUCCCCGUCUGUUCGUCCGCUCAUUUUAUUUCCUGAAAACAAAGACUGUAACAGUUGGCGGGAUCGGGAAGUUGAACAAAAUUCUGAACACUCUUGAGCAGACUGUGGGAGACGUCACGGACGACCACAAGGCUAGGAUUCAAGAAGAGGGUGCGGCAGCUGAUGUACCCGGAAGUGAUGGAACCCAAGCGCCGACGGGUGUAGUCGGAGAGAGGUUUGGAUGGGCCCGUCAGUACGUGGCGUUGAUUAGCAUGACGCAAGGCGAAUUGGAGUCGUUCAUCAGGAAGAACCGCACGAAAUUCAGCAAGGAAGAAUACCGAAGAGUUUGGUCUCUGUCUGGCCCAAAUCGACGGACAGAGGACGAGCAAAAAUUCGAUGUUUGGUGGUUGUCUUGACAUGGUGAAUUGUUUUUGGGUCUGCUUUCCCUUGAGAUUAGUCCUGGAUUUUCGCGUCAUUUUCCUGCAGGAGAAUUGUGCAGUAGCAGCAUCACCGCCCUGAGUGUAUCUCAGCAUCGUGUGCUUGCAGGUAAGUAUGUGGCUUUCGCUCGGUCUAUACUUACUUAUCCCUCCUAUGUGGUGUGACUUGUGCUAUGAUUUUGCGAAUGUUUUCGGUACUACUGUACACGUACAUUAUGGCAAACGACAGCAGCUGCGCUUCUCAAUCAUGUAGCAUCACUUUCCCGAGUUGUAACAUUUUAUGGCGGAAGGAGUGGGCAAUGUCGGGCGUGAGCCAUUUUACUGCUGUGAAGUGUGUGAUGAGACUGGAAGACAACCCGCCCGAUGUUCCAAACCUACGAACAGCAAGCCGUGACUGCUGUGUACGUGGUCGCAGUUGUUCACAUGUCUUUGUUGGGCGUGUUGACAACUGCUGCGGAAACGGUUAACAAGUUAAGCUGUUCUACGUAGUUUCCACCUUUGUAACGCCGAAGAGGUCAUUGGAAAGACGCGAGCAGCAGAUGCAACACGUUUGUGUAACCAACGUAAAUAUGAAUCCCAACACAGCCAAAGUACAAGAGGUUAUGAGCUGAAUAUUUGGGUU